AUGACUAAUAACCUACGGUGCGAUAAGGUUAACAAACAUGGUCCCUAUGAUACUUCUAAACAUGGAACUAGGGAUAACCAUUAUGAGAAUUAUCACCCUACUUUUGUAGCUGGCUCAAAAAAGUAUAUGGAGGAUAACACGGCUGUAAUAAAGCAUGUGAAUAAACAGGCAUCUGUGCGAAACAGAGUUAGUUCUGUGGAUACAGAUGUACCACCAACCUUCUAUAGGAGAGUAUUGUCGUCCAGAAGGGAAACCUCAAUUGGUAGUGCAGACAUAUCAUCUAGUUUAAUGACGGAAUAUGCAGCUACAUCUAGAAAGGAUAGCAUACAAAACGAAAGGUACAAACCAAAUAGAUACUCCAGCGUCCACACCCUAGAGAAGAAUAGUAAUAUAAAAGUGCAUGUACACAAUGGUAUUAAGUGGGAGCUAACAGAUCGCUAUAAGUUUAUUGACAUGGUUGGAUCAGGCUCGUAUGGACAUGUUUGUAGAGCUUAUGAUCUACAAGAAAAUAAGUUCGUAGCUAUAAAACGGAUUCACAAGGUGUUUGAUGAUUUAAUUGAUUGCAAAAGAAUCUUACGCGAAAUUGCAAUUUUGAAUCGCUUGGAUCAUCCAAAUGUAGUUAGGAUAUUGGACAUCUUGGUACCAAGGAAUUUGGAAACAUUUGAUGUAUUAUACGUCGUUUUAGAAAUCGCAGCAUCGGAUAUAAAACAACUAGUUAGGUCACCCGCAUUCUUGAAUGAGAAUCACAUUCGCAUGUUGAUUUACAACUUGUUAUCAGGUGUACAUUAUCUUCAUUCUGUUGGUAUAUAUCACAGAGAUUUAAAGCCAGCGAAUUGUUUGGUUAAUAGGGAUUGUAGUAUAAAGAUUUGUGAUUUUGGCCUUGCAAGGACCACCACACUAUCCGAUGGUUAUCCAGAGGACCUUUCAAACACAGGCAGAUCAUUGUAUAGUAGCAACAGUAUUAUUAGUAAUACUACUAGAACAAUAUCAGAGAACACUUGUUACACAUCUCAAUCCGUUCCGGAUACAUUUAGGCAAUUUUAUAACGAAGAGAUGCCACAGAUUCAUAGAAUGAGAUUGAAUGCACAAAUGACAAGACAACUGACAGGUCAUGUGGUAACUAGAUGGUACAGGGCUCCUGAACUUAUUUUGCUACAGGAGAAUUAUACAUUUGCGAUUGAUGUUUGGUCUAUAGGUUGUAUAUUUGCAGAAUUAUUAAAUAUGAUGAAACAGAAUAUUAGCGAACCAUCGGACAGAUCUCCACUAUUUCCGGGGACAUCAUGCUUUCCAUUGUCUCCUGAUAAUAAAAAUUCUGGGAACAAGAACUCCAGGAAUACAGAUCAGUUGAACAUUAUCUUUAACGUAAUUGGGACACCUUCUGAGGAGGAUGUUGAUUCAAUAGAGAAACCAGAUGUUAGAAGAUAUGUUCGACUUUUUGGUGAGAGACCCUCGGUGAAUUUGUACGAGAGGUUUCAUGGUACAUCUGGCGAAGCAAUAGAUUUGCUCUCUAAAAUGUUGACGUUUAAUCCGAGCAAGAGGAUUACAGUGAAGGAAGCCCUUCAGCAUCCAUAUUUUAGUAACAUAACAAAGGGAAAAGAAAUUUCAGAGUAUUCAGAAAAGAUCAGACUUCCAUUCAAUGACUGGAUUAGCAUGUCAGAAUCACAACUUAGGUAUGCAUUCUUAAGAGAGAUACAAAGAUAUCACGAUGAUUUUAAGAUUCCCGUUAAAAUAAUCUAUCGCUCAUAA